AUGCAGAAUGAAAACGAACAGUUGCAUGAUCAUCUGAGGGAACUGAGAGAUGAGAACGGCAGACUCUAUAAACUGCUGAGUGAGAAGGACUUUGAGAUAAAACACUUGAAGAAGAAGAGAGAGGAGGAAAGAUUGGCUUUAGCAGGUACUGCUGGUCUGGCAGGUGAUGCAGCUGCAACCAAAAUUGUGGAGCUGUCAAAGAAGAAUCGAGAAUUAGCCGCUGAAAUAGAACGAGGGAAGACCAAAACUAAACAAGCAAACAAUCGAGUCAAAGAUCUGGAGAAAGAGCUUCAGGCCACAUUGAUACUUAAUCCUGGAAAGAAGACAGACAAAAUGCAGGAUUCAAGGACUGUGAACGACCAUCUUGAAAACGGCCCAGUCGUAAAAUCCCUACAGGAGAAACUAUCUACAGCCCAACUCAAAAUGACUGAAUACCGCAACCAGAUCCAGACGUUUAAACAAGAGUUCAAAAUAGCUCACAAGGUGUUGAGCUGUGAGGUGGGCGAGGAUGUCAAUAUUCAGCAGAUACUGUGUAACCCGGGAGGCUGGAGAGGCCGUUCUCAGCAGAUCCUCGCCCUUCAGAACAGAGUGCGAGACCUGGAACGACAGCUGAGCCAGUCCUCUCACAGGAAGCAGCUAUGUGACUUAGGCCUGGAGGAGGAGAUCACGAGAACGGGAGGCCUACAGAAGACACAAGACAGAAACCUCAGCCACAUCCGUCACAUAGAGAGGGAGAGGAAGGAGACACUGGAGAAGCUCACAAUAGAUUAUGAAGUUCUGCUUGAAGAGCACUCAGACAUGAAGAAGAAACUGGAGGCCUCCAAAGCCAGGAACAAAGUGUUGAGCACAGAAGUCAAAGCCCUGAAGAGCCAGAUCAGCACUCUGCUGGAUAAAGGCAAACACGACGAUGAGCUGGUCGAUGCCUUAUUGAAGCAGCAGGCUUCGUGGCAGGCCAUGCUCGGGCAUCUAAGCCAGAAAGGGUCCCAGCGUGAGGAGGCUCAGCAGGGCCUGGAGAGGCAUCUGCACAGCGAGGCCCAGCAGCACGCCUCGCUCAUCCAGCAGCUCAGAGCCAUGGUGUCAGAGAAGGAGAACAAGGUCAAAGAGCUCGAGCGGGAGAUCCAGCAACUCGCCCACAUGAAGCAGUCCGAGUGUAAGAGUCAAACUAACAUCAGGCCUUUGACAUCACGACAUGAGAACAGCAGGGAGUCACACUCUGCCAGUUUCAGUGAAGAAGAGGCAAAGCGCCAGUGUGCAGAAGCUGAGCAGAAACUCAGACUAGAAUGGCAGCGUUCAGUCUCACUGGAGCAGCAGCUGGAGAAAGCCAAACUGGACUCAAGGAAAGAAGCGAGUCUGCAAACAUCUAAUCGGAGUAGAACAGGAAGCUCGGGCAGCACUUUGAGUCUCCCCGACAAACAGGAGGGUUCAUCUCCCAGAAGCCCCUCUGAUGUCACCCGUGAUGCUCAACAUAGUCAACUCAAAGCACGGCUUGCACUGCAACUAGAAGAAAAUGAAACCUUGAGAACUGCUCUGAAGAAUGCCUUGAAGGAAAAGAAAGAAGGUUUGCAAUUCUACAAGGACUUGCUGGCCCAAGCAAAACAGGAAUUCCAGCAGGCCCACAGAAAGCAUGAGCAGGGGACUUAGACUGGACUGAUGAAGUGUCUUUGCUAGCAAACAGAGAUCACUAAAGGACAACACCGGCAUUAAGGUGACGCUCGCUCUGUAUGGUGCCAUGUCUGCUGUCGACAACACAUACAUAUACACACAUGCACAUACAAAACUGAUGACUUGUUUCAUGGCACUCAAACUUUCUAAAGUACAUCAAUCCAACCGGCAUUGUGAGGUCACGAGAACAUGAAUGAGAAAUGUUAUGCUUUUUGUUGAAUAGAAUAUUAUAAUAAAUAGAAUAAAAUAAUAAUGAGAUCCUGUUUGUUUAAUAAUGGUAGGAACAUUUUAAGAAAUUAUCAAGGUAAACCAAGUUUUUUUCUUCUUCUCUUUUUGGCACUCAAAAGUGGAAACACACUUACCUGCCUUCUUUUCUGACGCACAUUGCUCAUUAAUAUUUGAUUUGUGCUUCAUGGUGUGAAACCAAAGUGAAAAGCGAAACCAAAAUAAGCUCUGCAGAAUGUGAACCCCCCCCCUGCUCAAGCGAUAUGUGUGCGAUGACUUGACCCCUCACUUACCGUAUCUCUCCUCUUGUUUACAUUUAGCGUAUCAGCCGUCGCAUUCAUGCUGCCAUACAUGAGUUAUUCUCUUUCCUAUGUGGCCGGAGGGGCUUUGAGGCCUCCCCUCCCGACGCUGCUCCACCACGCUUAAUUUAAACCUGUGGCUGAAGCAGUGUGCUCCUCUUGAAACAGCGUACUAUUUCAUCUUCCCAGAAGCCUGAGGGACACUGGCAAGCCCCAGGCUGUUACGAGUACAAGUACCACAAGACCAAAAUAUCAUUCAGGAUUGGAAAUGAUAGGGGAAAAAAA